GCGCUCUCACUUCCUGCCUCCAACGCACUCGUUGCACUCGUUCUUUUGGCUCGUCUACGACACAGAAACCACUCUUCUUCUCUAUUCUCUUCCGUAUCGGCACUGUUGAGAAGAUCCCAUCAAGAAAGAACAUGGCUGAUCCGCCACGGCCGAUGCUGAAGCUCUCCUUUGGCAAGAAAAAGGCGCCAGAAGCUCCGCCCGUGCCAGCAGCACCGCCAGUACCUGCUGCUCAGACGCCCUCGGAAACCCCUCAGCGCAAGAUCACACUAAAGAUCGGUCCGAAGAAACCUCCUGCUGGCGAUGAAGAUGAUAGCAAACCAAAGAAGAAGAAACCGUCGAAGAAACGACCUGCUGAGGCAGCUGCCUUGCCAGUUCACGACAGUGCUCCUGCGCCCGACGCGUUAACGGUGGCCCCCGCGGGGCCGAAACGGUUGAAGCUCAAUCCCUCGAAGAAACCGGGGUUGCAGUCGAUUCGGAUCAAGAACAAGGGGCUGGUGCCGAAUCGACCGGUCGGGGUGGGCUACGACUCGGAGGCGUCGGACACAGAGCUCGACCCGACGAUCGAGGAGCAGUUUAUUCUACGGAUGAUGCCUGGGGAGGAUUGUGAAUAUAUUCGCCAGGCAAUCAACGAGAGACGGUUCGACCGGUCGGAUAUUUCUUUCAAACCGCUAAGUCGUGAAGGGCGACGCUCCGUCAUCCGGGUCCGAGAUAAGCAAUACGCUGCUACGCUGGUCGAUCUACCGUGUAUCUUGGAAGGUAUGAAGAGCUGGGACCGGCGUGGAUGGUACAAGUCGGCGGAUAUUUGUCAGAUGCUAUUGGUGCUAGGACCCGUCGCCAACGAACAGGAAGCUUUGGAAUUCCCUCUGCCGCCGGAAAUCGAGACGACAGACGAGAAGACGCUGCAGUAUCCGCACGGCAUCACACCCCCACUGCGGUGGGUGAAAAGACGGCGAUUCCGGGAGCGCGUCAGCACGCGGACCAUCGAGCAGGUCGAGCGGGCGGUGGAAGAUCUGAUCGCGCAGGAUGAGGCCUGCAUCAUGCCCCCGCGGUAUGAGCUGCUGGACAGCGCCUCUCUCGCCCGGGCCGAAGGGUUGGUGCAGACCGGGCUCUAUGACGACGAAUACGACGACGAACAGGAUGCCGAGGGUGAGGCCGAUGAAGAGCUCCAGGAUGGAGAGGACCACGACGACGACCUUCUGGCGGAGAUGGAGGCGGCGCUGGCCGGCGACUUUGACGACGAGUUUACCCCUGCUACCACCUCUGCUGCUACCAAACCGGUCUCGACCGCACCCCAGCUGUACCAGGCGGGCACGCCAAUAGCCACGAAACCCUCAACGCCUGCCGAGAUUGCCGAGUCGUCAGGCGACGAAAGCGAGUCCGACAGAGACGAGGAGCAGGAAGAAGAGGACUUGGAUGAGGAGCAGCUGGAGCGGCAGCGGCAGAUUCAGCAGCAGCGCGAGGAGAUUGCCGAGCUGGAGGCGCUCAUCCGCACCGAAACCGUGAAAUGGGAGAUGAUGCAGAACCAGAUUCUCAAGGGCAAGCUGGGCAAGCGCAUCCAGAGUCUCAAACAGGAUCUUGCUCUGAAGAAAGUCUCGAUUGGCGAGGGGGACGAUGCUUCUUAAUGUACUUAUUGAUACCCUCUCUAUUACCUACACUUUUAUCUAUACUUUUACCCUCACCAUUUAAUCCAGUAUUCCAUAUUCAUAUAUAUCGCACCAAUCAUUGUAAGAAGAGUGUAGUUUACACCACCGGAUCGCCCGUUCCCUGCCCAACCGCCCUCUUGACAUCAAUCUCCUCGUCCCUCCUCAACUUCUCCCUUCGCACCAUCUCCCCCGGAUCUCGCGUUACCCCUACCAUUCCCUCCCCCAACACACGUUCAUGCUCCGCCAUCUUCCGAUCCAUCUCCGCCAUCAGAUCCGGCUGUUCACCCGCCGUGCCCGGCGAACCCAUCAAGCCAGAUGUACCAGCUGUCGCCUCAGUCUCCCCCCCUGGCGCCCCCGGACCAGCCAUACUCCCCACCGGACCGGCAUGGGCGCCUGGCUGCGCGCGUCUCGCCUUCCGAGCUGAAUCCGUGGCCCCCUGCAC